AUGAGUCGCGAUGGUGUGUUCGCUGAUGAAUAUAAACGCAUCAUAGAGUCCUACAUAGCUAAGGGUUAUGCGCGUAAGCUGUCACCAGCAGAUGCUGCCUUGUCGUCGUCGACAACCUGGUACUUGCCACACUUCGCCGUUGCCAACCCUAAUAAGCCGGGCAAGUUGCGAUUGGUUUUUGACGCAGCUGCUGAGGUGGGGGGUAUUUCACUCAAUACGCAUCUACUAAAGGGACCACAGGACUACAAGUCGUUGCCGUCCAUUCUCUUCCACUUCCGCGAAGGUGCAGUUGCGGCAGACAAUCGAUAUGGGUUGACUGCGCGAGAAGUCGAACUUGCCAAGAAGCUAUUGUGCCGCCUUGUUCAACGAGAGGUAUUCGCUGCAGAAUUUCAGCAGAUACAGAACGGCCAAAAUAUCGCACGUAACAGCGCGCUGCUACAGCUCUCGCCAUAUAUAGACAAAGAUGGUGUGCUCCGCGUGAAUGGUCGCAUCGACGCCGCCAGCUGGCUGCCCAUAAGCUCUGGACACCCCAUCAUAUUGCCGCCAAAGCACUACUUCGCGAAACUGGUUGUGAUGCACUACCAUAAAGUUAUGCGGCACCAGAAAACUGAGGCUACAAUAUGCGAGAUACGACGCCACUAUUGGAUCCCACAACUACGAACUCUGCUACGCAGCGUAAUCACGCACUGUUUGGAGUGCCGCUUAAGAAAAGUACAGCCUGAACCGCCUCAAAUGGCGCCGCUACCAAUUGACAGGCUCACGCCAUAUAUAAGGCCAUUUAGCUAUACGGGACUAGACUAUUUCGGCCCGAUAGCUGUUACCAUUCGUCGCAGUACUGAGAAGAGGUGGGUGGCGCUCUUCACCUGUUUGACGGUGAGAGCGGUGCACUUAGAGCUGGCCCAUGAUUUGAGCACUGACUCAUGCAUUGUUGCUCUACGAAACUUUAUGAAUCGUCGUGGUGUGCCUAUACGUCUACGUUCCGAUAAUGGUAAGAACUUUGUCGGCACAGAAAGGGAAGCCAAACGUUUCCGUGAGGUGUUCGACUGCAGCCGCAUUCAAGAUGAGCUAACCAGCAAGGGAGUUGAGUGGAUAUUUAACUCCCCGUUUAAUCCAUCGGAAGGAGGCGUCUGGGAAAGAUUAGUGCAAUGCGUCAAAAGGGUGUUACGCCAAACCUUGAAGGAGACAGCGCCUAAGGAGCACACGCUCAACUGCUUCCUGAUUGAGGCGAAAAACAUCGUAAACUCCCGGCCUCUGACGCAUUUGCCUAUAUCCGUCGACCAAGAGCAGCCCCUUACACCUAACAAUUUUCUUCUGGGUGAGCCGAACGAUGCACAUACGCCAACCGCAGAGAGCGUACUGGAGAAG